AUGAUCAAUCAUAUCGAUAAUCGACCAUUAAAACGUUCAAUUAUGACAGACAACAAAAUUAAUGCAGUUAAUGGUAAUGAUGAUGGAUGGUUCUGGCGGUGUAAUUGCGGUCUUUAUGCUCGUGUUCGGCUUGGAGGAAAUAAUUACAGUUUUAAAUGCUUUUGGCCUCCAAGUUAUUAUGAGGAUUUAUGUGAAUAUCAAAACGAAAGAGUUAGUCUUUCAUUAAAAUUAAUGACAAAUAAUUAUUAUGGGAUUUAUAUAAUUGUUGUUACUUUGAUCGAUGAUGAUAAUAGAAGAGAAAUAAAUUCAUAUUCACAAAUUUAUUAUUUACCUCGUCAAGAACAAUGUCCAUAUAAUUAUAAUAUGUAA